GUUGGCACUGGGGAGAGAACAGACACUUCCGGCAACAAGAAGCGAGCGAUCUAAUUCUGUAUGCAGCUCUGUAACCCGCAGGUGAGUCAUGCCGUUUCUGGGUCAGGACUGGCGUUCUCCAGGUUGGAGCUGGAUCAAGACAGAAGAUGGAUGGAAAAGGUUUGAGUUUGAUGGCGAUGAAUUUGAAAGAGACAGCAACUUUAACCUUCAGCUAAUAAAUGUUGAUAACCAAGAAAUGUACACAGAAAAUUGUGAAUAUUCAGUCGAAAAAACUCAAAAGGAAGAAUACAACAACACUACAAGAACUCAAUAUUUUUACAAAGAAAAAUGGAUUUAUGUGCACAAAGAGAGUACAAAAGAAAGACAUGGAUAUUGUACUUUGGGUGAAGCUUUUAAUCGUUUGGACUUUUCAAGUGCAAUUCAGGACAUCAGAAGAUUUAAUUAUGUGGUCAGAUUGCUGCAGUUGAUUGCCAAAUCCGAGCUCACAUCCCUGAGUGGAGCAGCACAGAAGAAUUAUUUUAAUAUUUUAGAAAAGAUUGUAGCAAAAGUUCUAGAAGAUCAACAUAACCCCAGAAUAAUCCGAGAACUAUUGGAGGAUCUGAGCUCUACUCUUUGCAUCCUCAUUGGCCGAUUUGUAUUGGUAGGGAAUAUGAACACAUGGAUUAAUCGUUUAGAGAAUAUUUUGUUAUGGCAACAACAAUUGAUGAAUCUCCAUAUCAAACAGGAAUUUGGUACUGGCCUUACCCUUUCUGAUCUCCCAUUGCAUAUGCAAAACAAUAUAUUGUGUAGGUUUUCUGAUGCCUGGGACAUAAUCAACUUGGGUCAACUGACCCCAACGUUGCGUGUGCUUACUGAAGACCCCCAUCUUUGGAAGAAGCUUUGCAAGUAUCAUUUUAAAGAGAAAAUGUUGUGCCAUCUAAUUGUCUCAGAAUCAGGCCACAUUGAUUGGAAGCUCAUGUUUUUUGCACUUCAGAAAUAUUAUCCAAAAAAGGAACAAUAUGCAGAUACACUACAAUUUUGUCGUCACUGUAGCAUUCUAUUUUGGAAGGAUUUCCAGCUUGCUCUCUUAUUUAAGGAUUCUGGACACCCCUGCACUGCCAAUGACCCAGGGAGCUGCUUUGUACCCAUUUCCCCUCAGCACUUUAUUGAUCUCUUCAGAUUUUAAAAAGCUCUAAAUGCCUACCAUGGCUCAUGUAAUGUAAAGGUAUUGCCCAAUCAAUUGUGUUAUUGGACGUAAAAUGUAUUUGUGAUUUUAAUUAUGUAGUGCUUUGAUUGCAUAAAAGAAUGUUAUCAUCGUUGAUGAUAGUGUAGUGUGACCCCAUAAAUACUAUAGGGGUUAGUUAAAUGGCAGCGCAUUACGAGACUCUUCGUACAAUGCAGAUUUUGGUAUAGCCUUUGUCUGCUAAUGGUUUCAGAUUAUGGUACUUAUUUCAAGUUAUGGAACCUGUGUUCUAACCAGUGAACAAGACCAAACUAUUUUUUUACUGUUUGAUCAUUGAACUAAGUUUACUGCAUCAUACUUUGUACUUCUUACAAUUAUCUAAUCUGUGAUGACACUAAAUAUUUUAUAUAUGCAUAUACUUGCAUGUAUUUAUGUUAAAUAUUUAUUCACGUUUUUCACUUUUAGCAAAACAAAUAUUAUUCACAUAGGGAAUUAGUGGAGCAAUGACUAGGGAAAUUCAAGGUGGUUGAAGGGCUUAGUACAAACAUCCCAGUACAAGACAUAAAACAUUAUGAUCUGCAUUAGCAGUACUUUGCUCUGAGCUGGUUUAUAGCCUUUGCCUCAGAACAACUCCCCAACCUCUGACCUCACACAGGACUGUUCAUUCUUCCCUUUCUUCUUUUGCCCCACUAUAACUGCCCCCCUCCUUUUCAGUCCCUUUUAUUCCCCUUUCCUCACCCCAGUCCCUGAGUUGGCUACGCAGGCCCUUCCUUACCUAUGAUAUUUUAUGGUCGAGUUUUCUUCCAUCUGGGAUAAUGUAUUUUUUUCAACAUUAAAACUAGUUUUUUUCACAUUGUAUAAUUGUCACUGGGACACUUGUUUCAGUAAAUGCUGAAAACAGAGAAGAAAAUCCACACUACUUUUUUAAUCCAAGGUGCUACAACCUGAACUUGAGGUUGGCCAAUCCUCAGACAUACAAUGACCAAAGGAUGGUCCAGGCACUCAAGGUAAAGUGACAGGCAGAUUUAUUGAAGAGGCACAGCAACGUUUCAACCUCAACUGAGUUUUUAAUCAAGCUGCCACCAUAACGGAUAGAUACAAUUAACUAAAUUGAUAUCAAUAAAUAUUUAUUGUUAUAUUUAUUGUCAUCAAUUUAGUUAAUUGUUUGCUCUAUAUACAUUGUAUUAUGCAUUACGGUGGUAUCUUAAUAAAGUCCUCAGUUGGGUUCAAAGGUUGCUGUGUCUCUUUAAUAAAUAUGCUUCUUUCAGUAAAGACCAUCAGGGCUAUAUACUAAAGGGAGAAUUUAAAGCGAAUUUCAAAUUUAAGACCAGAGUAGGCGAACUGAAAGGAUAGCUGACUUAGAGAAUUUUUUUGGUUUGGCUAUUUUAAACUUAAAUUUGAAACUCACUUGAAAUUCUCCCUUUAGUAUAUAACCCCGAUGGUCUU